AUGCACCGGGCCUACAUUGCCCUUGGGAGCAAUGUGGGCGCCCGCGUCGAGAUGAUUGAAAAAGCUUGCCAGGAGAUGGAAAGGGCCCACAUCAGAGUCAAGAGGACGAGUUCUCUUUUCGAGACCGCGCCGAUGUAUGUUCUCGACCAGGACCCUUUCAUGAAUGGCGUCUGCGAGGUGGAAACCCGCUUAGGGCCGCUUGAGUUGCUGGAUACCUUGCAAUCCAUUGAGCUGGCUCUGGGGCGAAAGAAGCUCAUCGAUAAAGGCCCCAGGUCCAUUGACUUGGAUAUCCUGCUCUAUGACCAGGAGAUCUUCUCGCAUGAGCGCUUGAACAUCCCCCACAAGCUGAUGCUCGAGAGGGACUUUGUAUUACGGCCUCUCUGCCAACUCAUCCCGCUGGAGCUGCCCCCUCUUCCAGGGCAGCACGGGAGCUAUCUCUCCUACCUCCAGUCACUCCCGCCCCCGGCGCCAGUCCCCGUAGCCACGACGUACAUCUCCCCCAAUUUCCCACCCCUGCGCUCCACCGACCCGACCCGCCCAACACACCUCAUGGCCAUCCUCAACGUCACGCCCGACUCCUUCUCCGACGGCGGCAAGCACUGGUCGCAAGACCCCGCCGCGCUCACCGCCACCAUCCGCGGCUUCAUCGACGCCGGCGCCACCAUCAUCGACAUCGGCGGCGAAAGCACCCGCCCGGGCGCCCACCCCGUCGGCGAAGCCGAGGAGCUCGCCCGCGUGAUUCCCGUCAUCCGACACAUCCGCACCGCCAUGCCCGAAGCCCGCCGCAUCGCCCUCAGCAUCGACACCUACCGCGCCAAAGUCGCCGAGGCCGCCUGCGCCGCCGGCGCCGACAUCAUCAACGACGUCUCCGCCGGCACGCUCGACCGGGACAUGCUCCCCACCAUGGCCCGCACCGGCAAAGCCGUCAUCCUGAUGCACAUGCGCGGCGACCCCGCCACCAUGACCUCGCUCGCAACGUAUCCGAACGGGGUCAUCGCGGACGUGGGCGCGGAGCUGCGCGAGCGCGUCGCGGCCGCCGAGGCUGCGGGCGUGCGCCGCUGGCGCAUGAUCCUGGACCCGGGCCUCGGCUUCGCCAAGAACCAGACGCAGGACCUGGCCAUCUUGCGGGACCUGCAGCGGUUCCGGGACGGGGUCGCCGGGCUGGAGUAUUUCCCGUGGCUGAUGGGGCCGAGCCGGAAGCGGUUCAUUGGCCGGCUUACCGGCGUGGAGAAGGCGAGUGAGCGGACCUGGGGCACUGCCGCGACGGUGACGGCGAGCAUUGCGGGGGGAGCGGAUAUUGUGCGUGUUCAUGAUGUGAAGGAGAUGUGGCAGGUGGCGAAGGUGGCGGAUGCCAUAUACCGUGUGGAUUCGUGA